UGGCACAUUCCGCAUUGAUGCACUGGAACCUCACUCAUAUGCGCCGGACUUCUAGCAACCUGGAUCACCACAACAUUCAUUUACGCGACGGCCAAUUUCCAACCGGAUCGCGUUAACUACUCCGUUUUGCAAACUUCGGCAGCUUUCUGCUGCGAGGAACCAUGGCUGGGAUGAUGGUAGCUCCCUCUUUGGAAGCUCGUCAUGAUGAAGAAUAUUCAGCUGAAGCCGGACGCCAAAGUUUAAGACAACUUCGAAUCCAAAAAUCAUCCUCUCAACUUCUCCAAUCUUCUGCUGUAUCUGUCACGAGAAUCACAAGCCCUACAAAUAAAACAUUCGAAACCGAAGAAUGUUGGCUUUUCGGUGAAUUCAUCAGCACGAAUUACGGAAAUGCUGAUGCUCAUGACCUGCCUAAAAUUCAAAAGCGCAGGUGCCAGAUCGUGCAAUAUAGACAACAUAGCUCCUCGGAGAGUUUAUGUGGAUCAUCGGAGGUUGCGAAGCCUAUAAAGAUUGACCGACCGGCAAAGCCAAGGUUGAUUACGAUCCCGAAAUCCACAUCCUGUCUUGCUGUUCCAUGUGGCAAAUCUGAAGCGGAUGCAUUUGCCCAAUCGAUUCCCGCGUCUAAAAAACUUCCAUCUGCAUUCAGCUGCUUGAACCUCUCACCGCACACCGAACGGCCUCCCGGGUCUGGCGAUGAUAGUGGCUGCGCAGGCCAAGGAUCUUACAACUCUACUGGUGAUACAUCCCGACUAUCCCUGAGUGACCCGCCGGUAGAUAGCUCAUCAGGAUUACUACGCCGUAUUAGCUUUAAGAAACAGAUUCCGCGAUGGAUACAGAAAAAUUCCCCGUUACACAAGAGUGGUUCCACGGCGAGCCGAAACAAAGACACAACUCACAAGAGAGCCCUGAAGACAGCAUCCUGGAGUGCGGGCUAUGCGCUUGAUCACCUCGAGACAUUGUUAAUGCAAACUCCCCUGCCAGUCUUGGAUCUCUCAUCCCCAGUCAUUACAUCCAUGCGCUCAACGUCAGAAAAAGCCCUCCUAACCCCAUUUAAAGAAAUUUUUCCGGGGGCACCAAUUGAGAAGCUCAGCUCUCUAUGCGCUGUUUUCGUCGCUCAAAUAUACCUUGCUUCGCUAGAGGCAUGUCAGAAUAAUACAAAUGGCAACCAGACCAUUAUUGGAAGUGUCGUGGACGGUAUCUCUGGCAAAGCAAGGGCAAGAUUAGGGCUUCCUCCAUCGAAGACUUCGCAGGUGCGCGUCCAAGAACGCCCUUCGCAUCCGAGAUAUGCGAAUAUCCAUGACCGUCUUAAUGAAAUUGCGGAUGCGCUCCUGGUCGAUUUAUGUGGGACUUCCGAUUCUGGCCUGAAGAGGGCGCUUAUGUCCCUUGUUCAACUAUUUGAGAGCAACAAAAAGCUUGGACUCAUGUAGGCCAUGAAUUUUUAGCGUCUUUUGGGGCAUUGCGGGGCAUUGCGGGGGUACCUUGUUUCGAGCUACUGCUAUUUUGUUUUGUAUUAUUACAUAUCUGAUUUUAAGUUAGGUUUAAUCCUGGGUAUCAAGUACUUUUAAUAUAAGUUACCAAAGCUUGUUUUGUUUGGU